AUGAAAGGUUUCAAACAGCGAGUGCAUGAACAGCUUUCGCGAGCCAGAGAUUCCAACAGCAAGUCAAAGAACAAGAAAGACUCCGCAUCUGGCGGUUCUUCCCCAGCACCAAGCUCCAGCUCCACGUUGGUCGCUCCAGGCAAUACCCACUCGCCCAGCAAUUCCAAUCAGGGUACGCCAACUUCGUCGACAACAACUGUAAAUGACACAAGAAACAAGCCACUACCUCCUGGGGAAAAUGGUACGUCACGAGGUGGUUCCAGCAACCCUAUGCAUGCAUCCCCUGCGGGUACACCCAAUGCAGCGCCGUCUGGCGGCCCCUUCAUGCCUUCACAGUCUGGCGUGGGCGGUCAAGGCGGCUCAGGAGCGCCAGGUACACCAACGAGAUCUGGACAUGGCGUGGCUCCCAAUGUGGUCAUAAGCCCAAGCUCAGGAAGUGCCCCGCAUAUCCCCCCUCCCGGUGCUGCAGAGACCAUGCCGGGAGACCUUGCUCCGCCGGGAAGAGGACAGAAGUCGGGUGCUUUCGACAGGCUGACCACUACUCCGAAAGAUGUUCCAGAAGGCAUCAGAACGCCAAAGCGGCAACAUUCGUCACGAUUCGACAUAUCAGAUCAGAGGCAGCGUGAGCUGGAGAAGCUACCAGGGUUCCAUGAAGUACCUCCAAAUCGGCGGCAAGAGCUUUUUAUGCAGAAGAUCGACCAGUGCAACAUCAUCUUCGACUUCAACGACGCCAGUGGUGAUAUGAAGUCAAAAGAGAUCAAACGGCUGGCGCUGCAUGAGCUUUUGGAUUAUGUUGCGAACAACAGACAAGUCAUCACAGAGCCGAUGUACCCGAGAGUAGUUGAUAUGUUCAGCAAGAAUCUUUUCCGACCAAUACCGCCGCCGAUCAAUCCACAAGGCGAAGCAUUUGACCCUGAGGAGGACGAACCAGUACUAGAAGUGGCGUGGCCUCAUAUACAGGUGGUGUAUGAGUUCUUUCUUCGAUUCAUCGAAAGCCAGGAUUUCAACACGAACAUUGCAAAAGGUUUCAUAGACCAUCAAUUUGUGCUUCAGCUUCUCGAACUCUUUGACUCAGAAGACCCGAGAGAACGAGACUUCCUCAAGACUACCCUACAUCGGAUUUACGGAAAAUUCUUGAACCUGCGCUCAUACAUUCGACGGUCAAUAAAUAACGUUUUCUUCCAAUUCAUAUACGAGACGGAAAGAUUCAACGGCAUUGCGGAACUUUUGGAGAUUCUUGGUUCGAUCAUCAACGGUUUCGCACUUCCUCUCAAAGAAGAGCACAAGCUGUUCCUCACGAGGGUGUUGAUACCUCUACACAAAGUCAAGAGCUUGAGCAUGUACCAUCCACAAUUGGCAUAUUGCAUCGUGCAAUUUCUGGAGAAGGACGCUGCUUUGACUGAAGAGGUCGUUUUGGGGCUGCUAAGAUACUGGCCAAAGGUAAACAGUACGAAAGAGGUUAUGUUCCUCAACGAAGUGGAAGAUAUUUUCGAGGUCAUGGAUCCCGCAGAGUUUGCCAAGGUUCAAGAGCCUCUGUUCAAUCAGCUCGCGAAGUCUGUCGCCAGCCCACAUUUCCAGGUUGCGGAGCGAGCGCUAUACUUCUGGAACAACGAAUACUUCUGCAACCUCAUCAGCGACAACGUCGAAGUCAUCCUGCCAAUUAUGUUUCAGCCACUCUAUGAGAACUCGAAAGGCCAUUGGAAUAGAACAAUACACGGCAUGGUCUAUAACGCAAUGAAGCUCUUCAUGGAGAUCAACCCGCAGCUCUUCGACGAGUGCUCCGAACAUUACCGCGAACACGAGGCUACCGCCGAGAAGACUCUGCGGACUCGAACAGCCAACUGGGCACUGAUAGCUGAUUGGGCAAAGCAGAACUCAAAGGGUGGAAACGUAGCCAUACCCCCUUUGACCGAUCUACGGGGGCAGAAAUUCAACCCUCCAAGCAGGAUCGACGAAGAUCCAAUCACGCAAGACAGUCAGAAGAGGCUUGAUGCCCUGAGGCUGCAAGACGAGAGCGGCGUUUCGAGGGAUGGAAGAAGGCAGAGAGGACUUGAUGGACAGUAUCAGCCCAUGGAAGACCCAGCAACACAAAUCCGCCAACGCCUCGAGCGCAACGGGUCAAGUGGAGCAGUCAUGCCGCCUCCUCCAACUACGAGACAAGAUAUGCUCAACAAUGUCCCGCGCGCAGGAUGA